AUGGCACCCCACUGGUACUGUUUGUUUCUGGGAGUGGUACUCACACAGGGACUUUUCGCUUUAAGCCCGAUCCCAGUUCCGGAAGAAGAAUGGAUAGAGUUUUCCAGGAUGUUGAGGGAUCCUCAGUACCGUCUCCCAAGAACAUCUAUCCCGCAGAAGUAUCAAGUGACUCUUACGCCAUACCUGGAUAUAACUUCUACUCCCAACGUUACUCCGUUUACAUUUGACGGAGAAGUUACCAUUGACUUAACUGUUCUAACAGCAACAAAUGAAAUUGUGUUACACUGUAAUGAUCUGACAAUUCACGAGUUAACAUUAACAACAGCCACAGGGAUAGCGGUAGCAUUAGAAAAUAAUAUAUUUACUUGUGAAAUGCCGUAUAGUUUUCUAAGAGUGCGGGCAACAUCACAGUUAACACCUAACACGCAAUAUACACUUAAGUCUAGGUUCAGUGGAAAUUUGCAGACUAACAUGAGAGGGUUCUAUAGAAGUUGGUACAAGGAUAGCAAUGGUCAAAAGAGAUGGUUAGGGUCCACACAAUUUCAACCAGGUCAUGCCCGUCAAGCUUUCCCUUGCUACGAUGAACCUAGUUUCAAGGCAUUAUUUGAUAUAACGAUUAUAAGAGAUUCCACGUUACAACCAACUGUAUCUAAUAUGCCCAUCAAGGCCACCGAAAUUGGCACUGGAAGAGUAUCCGAAACCUUCUACACAACCCCAAAAACAUCAACAUAUUUACUCGGUUUUAUAGUUUCUGACUUUGAAAUAGUAGCCACAAAUAACAACGCUACGCACCCAUUCCAUAUCUAUGCACGAACUACUGCGAGCAAAACUGGGGACUUUGCACUGGAUAUGGGAAUUAAACUAUUGGAUAUCAUGACGGAUUACACUAACAUCCCAUAUUACGAAAUGGCUCCAAACAUUGACAUGAAACAGGCAGCAAUUCCUGACUUCUCAGCAGGUGCUAUGGAGAACUGGGGCAUGCUUACAUACAGGGAAGCUUUUCUCCUUUACGACGAAGACAACAGCAACCAUUGGUACAAGCAAAGAAUUGCGAACGUAAUAGGACAUGAAGUCGCCCACCAGUGGUUUGGAAACCUAGUCACGUGCUCGUGGUGGGACAAUCUGUGGCUGAACGAAGCGUUUGGUAGAUUUUAUCAAUAUUAUCUGGCUGAAAUGGGUGCUCCAGAAAUGGGCUUCAACACAAGAUUCAUUGUUGAACAACUCCGAGUGUCAAUGUUAUCUGAUUCGGUUGAUUCUGCGCAUGCGCUGACAAACCCCGACGUCAAUGAUCCAGCUAGUGUGUCAGCCCACUUUUCAACCAUCACCUAUGCAAGAGGCGCAUCUAUGUUAAGAAUGACGCAAUACCUUCUCGGUGAUGGAACUUUCGUUAAGGGUCUCCGGAAGUUCCUUGAUGCCAGGAAAUUUGACGUAGCAGAUCCCAGUCACCUCUUCUCUGCCUUGGAUGAGGCUGCGAGGGAGGAUGGAGCUUUGGCCAAUUACAAUGGCGUUACCAUCAAAUCAUACUUCCGGACAUGGUCAGAAAGAGCUGGUCAUCCACUCCUAACAGUUACUGUUAACCAAACCAGUGGACAAGUUCGCAUUAACCAGGCUCGCUGGGAACGUGACACAGGAAUGUCGCAAUACAGCCAAAUCUGGCAAAUACCUAUAACAUGGACUCGGGCUAACGUUUCUGAUUUUGACGAUCUAAAGCCAUCGCUCAUAAUAACUGAAGCAGCUGCCUCAUUUAAUAGAGGGACCUCUGGUCCUGAAUGGAUCCUACUUAAUAAACAACAAACAAGCUUUUACAGAGUCAAUUAUGAUCAUAAUAAUUGGGUUCUCCUCACAAGAGCCCUUAGAAGCAAUUCAAGAACUGCGAUUCACGAAUUUAACAGGGCUCAGCUCGUUGAUGAUCUCUUCAACGGUGCUCGUUCUGGAAUACAAAUUUACCCGAAUAUGCGCCCAUGGGUCUACUGCAAUGGUCUUCGCCAAGGUACAGCUGAAGAUUUCACAUUCUUCUGGAAUAAAUAUCUUGAUGAACAACUAGCCACUGAGGUGGUUGUUAUGCUGACUGCAGCUGGUUGUACUAAAGACACAGCUGGUUUGGAAACAUUCUUGAGUGCUAUCAUAAACGCUGAUGAAAUUAUCAGGCCUCAAGAUGUCUCAACAGCUUUAAGCUCAGCAGUAACUAGUAAUGAAGAAAAUACUAUGAAAGUAUUGAAUUGGUUGAAUAGAAACAUCGCUCAAGUUAAUAGCAGACUCGGCAGUGCAUCGACAUUCGUCAGCAACAUUGGUGGUCGGCUCCGCAAUGAAGCACAAAUAACUGAGUUCCAAAACUGGCUUGACGGGAAUCGCGAAGUCCUUGGUGCUGCGUACACCACUGGUGUUAACUCUAUUGCAACUACCAGACGUAACAUGGCCUGGUCAGCUAAUAGACUUAGCGAGUUCACCACUUACUUCGAUAAAGGCUAUGUUGAGGAAGAAUUAGAUUUGGAUGAAGCUGAAGAAGUAGAAGAAGAAGACCCUGAAGAAGACACUGGCGGUGACGCCAGCGCUGCAGCAUUGAGCACCAUUUUGCUUCUAAUAACUGUUUCUAUUAAUAUGUAUGCGUAA